CGCAAUUUACCAUGUGGGCAUAACAAAAUUUUUUUUUAGGAAUUCGUUAGUGUAUAAUAUGCAUAGAUAUACGACAAGUCCUACGGAAGAGCCUAUAUAGCUCAACCCCCCCUACAUUAAAGAGGCUCAAAGGUUUGGUCACUUAUAUAUAAAAUGCAGCCGAUAAGUUUUCAAAGAUUUUAUCUUAGACGGUGAUCUGGUGCUAGUUUGUGAACAUCAACACAAAUAUGAAUAAAGAACUUUUAGUGGCUUUGAUAAUAUUAGGUGUAGUUUGGGGUGAAGUCGAAACCUGCAACUCAUGCGGGUCGGAAUGCCAAUCCGCCUGCGGAACGCGUCAUUUUCGGACGUGUUGCUUCAACUACUUGAAGAAGCGCAGCAAUCCCGAGCCCUUUGCUCUAUCGCUAGAUCCCAGUUUGCGUUUGGAGCUAUGGCUAGCAAAGUCCAAGUAUCCAUACUUGCAGCCGAAACCCGUUACUCAAGAGCAAAUGGAUAUGCCCGAUAUAUCGAAUAGACGAGAUAACGAUGAUCAAAAUCCUGAUAACUGAGAGAACAUUAAGUUUUUUUGCAACCCAUUUUUAUCAGUUCAUCUUUUGUUUUAUUACUAAACUGCUACACAUACUGCGUGAUAAAAAAAUCUUAUAGCUUUAGAGUUUCAACUGAAAUAGCAUCUACUAUUUUAAUUUAAAUCUAAACUAAAAGGCCUCUGUUACGCUUUUGUAAGUUCAAUUAUAAAUAACAACGUUUAUUUCGAGUGUUUAAAGUAAGCUUUACUAAAGGCGCGUUUACAAGGGUCAAGUGAAUUGAUCAAAUCACUUUAAUUCAAUUCGCAUGAUACAAUAUGAUCGUGUAAACUCGACAAAUCAUUUCAAUUGAUCAAGUGAGUUGAUUCAAGUCUCAAUUGACUGUUGUUUAACUGACUGUAAUUUAAUCUAUAUAUUAAAUGUUUUUCUCUCAAAUAAAUUGAGGUAUUAAACUCUUCAUAAAUUUACUAUAUAAAUAGUUAUGUUCAGAUCUAAUAAAAAUAAACACUAAAAACAACUAAUUUGAU